AGCCCGUCCAAACAGUAAUCCACAUCAGAUUCCCGACUUGUGACAGUUUUUCGGGUUUUGUUAUUGCUUUCCUGGAAGCCCACUGCACAUCAGCUCGACCUCGACUAUCCGCUCGAUACUCACACGUUGUUUUCCGUGCCUCUCUAAAGUCGCUAGAAAACAUUACCGGAGGGCUUAACGAGCUUCUCUCUGUGUCUUACUUGGUAUUACCGGUAAGAGCAGGACGGCGAGCCGACGGUACAGCAGCAGCACUAGCCAGCUAACGUUAGCCCAGCUCUGUGCUCCAACUGCCCUUUGUCUCUGCUCCACAAACAAGUCAGCCAGCAGUCAUUCUUUCAUCUUUUGGGUGUAAUAUCGGUUUUGAAGAUUUUAUUUUGUUCGCCUGACAAGAGUUAAGUGAACCAAGAUAGGCGGCUUGGGAACCAAGAUGUCGAACCGAGUGGUGUGCAGAGAAGCAAGUCACGCCGGCAGCUGGUACUCUGCUUCGGGAUCCCAGCUGAAUGCACAACUAGAUGGCUGGCUGUCCCAAGCACAAUCUACCAUCAGACCUGCUAGAGCCAUCAUAGCACCGCAUGCUGGGUAUACUUACUGUGGUGCUUGUGCGGCACAUGCUUACAAGCAAGUUGAUCCCUCUGUUACUCGUAGGGUUUUCAUCCUGGGACCUUCACACCAUGUGCCCCUCUCCCGCUGUGCCCUCUCUCCUGCAGAGGUCUAUAGAACACCCCUCUAUGACCUGAGGAUCGACCAGAAGGUUUAUGCCGACCUCUGGAAAACUGGGAUGUUUGAGCGGAUGAGUCUGCAGACAGAUGAAGAUGAGCACAGUAUUGAAAUGCACUUGCCUUACACUGCUAAAGCCAUGGAGAGCCACAAAGACGAGUUUAGCAUCGUCCCUGUGCUGGUGGGUGCCCUGAGCGAGAGCAAGGAACAGGAGUAUGGGAAGCUGCUCAGCAAGUACCUGGCAGACCCUUCCAACCUCUUCAUCAUCUCAUCCGACUUCUGCCACUGGGGUCAGCGGUUCCGUUAUACAUACUACGAUGAAUCUCAAGGGGAGAUUUACAGAUCUAUUGAGCACCUCGAUAAAAUGGGGAUGGGCAUUAUAGAGCAGCUGGAUCCCAUGUCCUUCACCAACUACUUGAAGAAGUACCACAACACCAUCUGUGGACGUCACCCAAUUGGAGUGCUGCUAAAUGCUGUGGCUGAGCUGAGGAAGACGGGCUUAGAAAUGAACUUCUCUUUCCUGAACUAUGCCCAGUCAAGUGAGUGCAGGAACUGGCAGGACAGCUCCGUGAGUUACGCUGCCGGGGCGCUCAUCGUCCAUUGAGGUCGACUUUCCCAGGGGCCACUGCAGCACCGCCCCGCCCCACUCUUAUUAUCUCUUGCCAUAACCUGACCCAGACACCCUCCCUCCCCUUCCCUCAACUACACCCACUAUCUGCAGGAAGGACCUAGACACUCAAAGCCAAUACAGUCUCCUUUCUCUCUCUCUCUCCCUCGGCUCUCCUGCCACUCUCCACCCUCCUUUCAGUUUGAAGUGUGUCUCAGAGCUUUUGGUUGAAACAUUUUGCUUGAAGUGCAGUUUUGAGAUUUUGUAGGAGCGAAUGGUUAGCGGAGAUAGGAGGAGUGCUUAUUAUUUUGGCUUGGAGUAAGCGUGGGGAGGGGGAGUCUUAUAUGGGAUCUUGCAAGGACUGUAGUUGUCCUCUUAGUCCCUUUUGUUUUUCCUGACAAAAAGAUGGAUUUGAGUUGUAAAAAUGUAAUCUUUACAUUUGCACUCUUGGUGAUCUGUGCUCAUGUAAUUUGCCUCAGAAAAGGAAUGAUAAUAAAACUGCAGAUCUAAAUGGAAAUCCAGAAUAUUUAAAUGUUGCCAGAUGAAUAUGAAAUGAGUGUUUUGACUGACUGCUUCAAGCUAUAUGCGACUUAAACUUUGAAAAUAGCAUCAUAGGUAGCUACUACCACUGCUCUUCAACAUAUGUUGUAGUUGCUAACAAAGGGCUGCACCCAACAAAGUUACACUAACCCCCCUGCUGUACAAACCAAAAACUAUUAUUAUUACUCUCAUAUUAGUCUAUUAAAUAUGUUUUUUUGUUCAUAUUUUGUUCCCUUUAUUUCUCCCUUUUUUGUAUCAUUAUUAUUAUUUUUAUUAGACUUAGUAGUAUUUACCAGUAGUUUGGCAGUACAUUUGAACAAAAAACAGUGUUGGCAUUUAUUCUCCAAAAGCCAUCAAUGUAGGUUUGCCCAAAGACUUACUGAGAGUAACACUGUACCCAGAUUCUAAUGACACCUUAGGAAUAUAAAAUAUAUAUUUUGGUGGGGUCAGGCCGCAGUUUUGGGUGCUACGAAAAUGUAAUCAGACUAGAUACUGAGUGAAUUACUCAUAACCUCUCUGGCAUGGUUAGUCUCUGUUUACACUGCCAGCUUGAAUCUCUGUAAGUAUUGCACUCCGUUCUCAGUAUUGAAGAUUUGAGCAUGGAUCUGUUUAGUCAGAGUGUCAUUGCAUUUUUCAUCCAGAAAUAUUUACGAGUCAGUUAUCUUGGCCUUAGCGCUUGUUAUUAUUUGGAACCAGAAUUGACAUAAUGACCAAAAGGCUGAAAGGCAGAUGGUCUGCUCAGAUGCUAGAUUUUCAGGCACGUCGGUAAACAUUUGCAAAAUGACAGCUCUUUUCGUCAAUAAAUCUUGACAGGAUGCCAAAAAGUAGUUGGGCAGAUGAAAGAUUUUAUUCAGUAAGGUCUGAAAUCCAUAAACACUAACCGUCUUUAUUUUCAGGGCUGCUUUCCAGCCUUUUUGCCUUUAUGUUUGUGUAUGCAUAUGAGGAUUCAGCUGUGAUUGCACACUGAAAUUACUCUUGAGGUAGUAUCAUAUCUAGUAGAUGGGGUGAUGAAAACAAGUAAACACGGGCCUGAGUUAUCAAAACAGCACUGAGUCAUCAUCAUGCUCCUGCUAAAGAGCCUAGAGAUUGACAGAAAUAACUGACUGCUAUUUCUCACUGCUAAUUUUCUCAUUGAACUCUGUCUCAUCAUGGAUGUUUUGGAUCUGAAUCUGUCAAAGGAAAUCGGAAUAUUUGCAGUCUUGAAUGCCAGUCAACCAUGAAGAACGCCAAUUAUGAGCCAAUAUACAGAAAUUCUCUCAUUCCUUUUCAAUCUGCCUGAAUAGCCAAGCUGACAGCAGAAACAAAACAGAUUCAAGGUGGCAGAGUAAAUACAGGCUUUUUGUUUGUGGAUAUGCUUAAAUUGAGUUGUGUCUGCCAUCCUAUCUUUUGACCUUUUGACUAUUGAGUUGUCACCGAUAGAUGCUCUUGCUGCCCAAGUUAAACAGUUCCCAUUUAGACGAUACAGUCCUCCCAUCUCUAUCCCUCCCUCUCGACCCAUGCAGGGGAAAUCCUUGGUUGCUGGGUUUCAGCACAACUCCGUAAGAGGCAUUGCUAGUAUCAACUUUAAGCUAUCUGGUCGACCCAAGCGGGCACAGAACUGACUGAAUCCCCAGACUCACUUGACCUCUGAAGUUCAUUUAAGGGAAACUAGUAAAGCAUGACACACUGUGCUAUUGUGCCUUGGAUCACUGUUGCACAUAUACAUUUAAAGCGUAUUUUCACUCUGAGUCUUAUUUUAGAAUGUGUACCUUGAGUUUUUUUUUUGUUUGUUUGUCCACAUGUAACCCUCUCUCGCCCAGUGCCCAACAAUGUCUCCCAACUCGCCCAGUACUCCAGGAGUGUGUGACCUGUCUCCAUCUGUUGGUCUAAAAUGGCACCAACUGUUAUCUCCUUUCUCCAGCAGGGAGUGGUGUUCUGUUUCUCACCCACCUCACCUCAUUCCUGUAGAGACAAAGGCUGAACCUCAACACUGUUCGUUUUCUGUUCUAUGGAUCUUUGUUUAACUGUUAGAAGAUGUUUUUUUGUAUUAUUAUUAUUUUUUUCUUGCUUAGAGAGUGGGAAAUUACACGUCACAAACCUAAAAUAUACUACUUAAAUGCUCCCUGAAAGGAGUUUUUUUGAUCUCAGGUUUCACUGACAAAGCAUCCCAAAAUGCUCUCCAGAUAAAGGUCGAGGAUUCAUGUUACAAAAAAAGUAAAAUCUACUGAAAAGCA